AUGCUACGAUCCACACAUAAGCCCUCCGCGGCUGCCCUGGCGCCGUUGCCUCCAGGAUGGACCGAGCACACGGCUCCAACCGGUCAUACAUACUUCUACCACGCCGAGUCGAAAGAGUCAACAUACAAACGACCCGGUGUCGAGCCUGCCUCUGUGCAACUACCUGUGCAUGGUGCAGCUCCCGCAUUUUCUCCCUAUGGCGCCGUGCCGUCCCUCUCCGACCCCAAUGUCGCGAACGCCUAUAUGGCCCAAUUCCAUGCCUCCCAACAACCUACCCAGAACCAAAACCAUCGUGGCGGUCAUGGCGGCGGUCGCGGCGGAUUUGAGGGCCGCCCGAAGCCCGCGCCUGUCGACAAGCCCAGGAGGAAAGAGGCGAUCCCAGGCUGUGAGCCGUGGAUCCUCGUGUACACCAAGUACUCGCGACGAUUUGUCUACAACCCGAUUAAGAAGACAAGCUACUGGCGCAUUCCAGAGAAGCUGAUGCCCGGAAUCUUGGAACUUGAUAAGGCGCGCAUCCUUGGAAAGGCUGCCGGGGAGUCAGUGUUAAAGGACGAAGGGUCAAAACCAGCACCGAAGCCCGAGCUACCUCCGUCUCGUGCUCCUGAUGCUACUCAGGACGACGACAGCGAAUACGAGGAAGUUGAAGUUACGGACGAUGAGGGAGAAGGCGAUGAAGACAAUGGAGAACAUCCGUCUAAACGACAACGAACCGAAGAGGCUGACGAGGACGCGGUGGUGGAAUUCACCGAGGCAGACAUUGCUAUGCAGCUACAAGCAAUGGGCGAGGAAUACGGCCUGGAUCCUGGAGAAUAUGACGAUGGUAAUGCCGAGAAUUGGCCUGAAGGCGCUGAAGGAGUGCCCUUGUCGGAAGACGACGCGAAAUAUCUUUUCAAGGACCUGCUCAACGACUUCAACAUCAACCCCUACAGCCCCUGGGACAAACUCUUGGAGGAGGGCAAAAUUGUAGACGACUUGCGCUACACAGCACUGGGAACGACCAAGGAGCGCAAAGAAUGCUGGGACGAGUGGACGCGCGAGAAGAUUGCGGAGCUGAAGGAGCAGAGGGCGCGACAGGAGAAGAAGGAUCCCCGGAUUGCCUACAUGGCCUUCCUGCAGGAAAAAGCUACCCCGAAGCUAUACUGGCCCGAGUUCAAACGCAAGUACAAAAAGGAAUCCUCCAUGAAGGACUUGCAUUUGUCCGACAAAGACCGCGAGAAGGCCUACCGCGAGCACAUCGCCAGGCUGAAGAUGUCUCAGUCGACGCUCAAGUCCGAUCUCACCGCGUUGCUCAAGGCUCAACCAAUUAACCUGCUAAACAACAAGUCGCUGUCAACCGGCCUGCCGACCCAGAUCCUGAUCGACGUCCGGUACAUAUCCCUUGAGCCCAAGGUGCGCGACCCCCUGAUCGAGGCCUACGUCAGCAACCUGGCCCCGCCGCCGGAAGACCUCGAGGCUGUCAAGGACGACGAGGAUAAAAAGAAGCAACGCGAGGCUCGCGAGAAGCGAGAGCGAGCUCUUGAGGAGAGGAACCGUGCAGUGGAGGAGCAGCGGAGGAAGCGCGAGAAAGACGUGGCCAUGAGUAAGGCUAGAUUGAGGGAGGAGGAGAGGGAAUUAGAGAUGGCCAUGAGAGUAGGCAAGCAAGGGUUACAAAGCCAAUUGGCGAGCAUGCAGCAGGAUGACGCCAAGGACGUUUCCUGA